UUUGUUCCUCUUUCUCAAAUCUUCAGCGCCUCUGUCUCUGUCCAAGGCCAUUGCCGGAAGGGGUAAGUAAAAAUACCGACUAGUCUCCAAGCUUCGACGCCGGAAAAAAUGGCUAUACUCUCAACGGACUCAACGAACUGGGGGUUGUCCCUGAAAGUGUUGCUCAUAUCUACUGGGGUGGUGUCCAUGGCUGUGGCAUUGAAAAUCUCCGUCCCGGUGGUGGUGGAGUUUGCAGUCUCGGAAGUUCCUUCUAUUUGGAGCUUUGUUCUGUCCUGGUUGAGACCUCCGUAUCUCUACCUUGUCAUCAACUUUAUCAUCAUCAUCAUCGUCGCGUCCUCGAAGCUUCAGCACAAGGUCGAGGAGCCGCCGGAGACAGCCGAGAUUACGAUUUCCAGCGCUGUGGCAAUGGACUACGCGGUUCCGUACAACGGGGUCGUUUCGAAGAAUGUAGUGGAGCUGCGGCCGGAGUUCGGAUAUGUUUAUGACGCGAAUGCGGUGGUGGAAGCUAGGGCUCCAGAUGCCAAGACGGAGAUGAAAGGUUUGGAGAUGAACGAUAGUGAUGAGUUCACCAUCUCGAGGUCUUCGUGGACACCGGAGAGGAAAGAUUCUAUGGAAAACAUGAUUCCUGCUGAGAAACCGCUUGUUUCUAUGAGAUUCGGUCACCGGAGAGCCGUCAAAUCCAGUCCUGAAGCUGGGAAGGUACUGGGAGUAUCCAAGCCGAAACGGCACGAUACGUUAGAGAGCACGUGGAAGACGAUAACGGACGGGCGUCCGAUGCCAUUAACGAGGCACCUGAAGAAAGCUGACUCGCUGGAAUCACAGCGCUGCAGCAUCGAUCUGACGCCGCAGAAGGUGAAGAAAUCAGAGACGUUCACCGACCGGAGUAGCACGAACUCGUCGGUGGCGUCGUCGCCGGGAUCGGGGAAGAUGAAGAGAGAGCCGUCGCUGAGUCAGGACGAGCUGAACAGGCGAGUUGAAGCGUUCAUUAAGAAGUUCAACGAGGAGAUGAGGUUGCAGAGGCAGGAAUCCUUGAAUCAGUACAAUGAGAUGAUCCGCCGUGGGGCACGGUAGACUUGGGGAAAAAUAUUGGGGGGGUCUGGAAAGUGAAUUAAAGUCUUUUUAAGUCAUGUUUCUGCUUUUAUUUUAAUCUGGAAGGAAUUUUAUUUUCCAGUUUGUUCAUCCCUGCGGCUGAAACCAUUUUCCUGGAACCCUGCCAGGUUUCAUCAUCUCCAUCAUCUUUGUGAAGACAGAUUUGGCUGUUUGAAUUGAAGUUUGUUUAAUUUUUGUAACAGAUUUAUAGGAUUUGUCACAACUGUGGAAGUUUCUGGAAGGCUGUAUCUCCUUCUAAUACAAGUUUCUUUUUCGUAGUUC